AUAAGACACACGCGGACAAUGAACGGGAGAGAAGGACCGCAGAUGAAAGCCCGGACUGUCAAAUGGGUCGUGCACGUACCGGCGGAGGACCCGGAGCUCGAGCGGAUGCCGCUCGAGAGCCAAGUCGCCCACGUCAAGUAUGAACGGGAGGACGUGCAAAAGAAAACUUUCACCAAAUGGAUAAACUCGCAGCUUCUCAAAUACCAGCACGAUCCAGUGGCGGAUCUGUUCUUGGAUCUGCGAGACGGCAACAGGUUGCUUUCACUCCUCGAAGUCUUGACGACCAAAUCAUACAGACGCGAGCGCGGCCGCAUGCGAGUCCAUCACUUGAACAAUGUAAAUAAAGCCCUGCAAAUAUUGGAACAAAACAAUGUGAAACUCGUCAAUAUUAGUAGUAACGACAUAGUCGACGGCAAUCCGAAAUUGACCCUCGGUCUCGUCUGGAGUGUCAUUUUGCACUGGCAGGUACAUUACCACUUGAAGGACCUUAUGUCCGAGCUACAGCAGACCAACCUGGAAAAAACUCUGCUCGCCUGGUGUCGGCAAACGGUUCAAAAUUACGAGGGCGUGGACAUAAAGAACUUUACGACCUCGUGGUCGGACGGGCUGGCGUUCAACGCGCUGCUGCACAGGUGGAAGCCGCAGCUCUUUGAUUUCGGCGCGAUCGCCCGCAAACACCCGAACGCGAGGCUCGAUCACGCGUUCCGGCUGGCCCAGGAGCAGCUCGGCAUCGAAAGGCUCCUCGACCCCGAAGACGUCAACACAUCGGUACCGGACAAGAAAUCGAUACUCAUGUACGUGACGUGUCUCUUCCAAUCGCUGCCUCACUCCGGACAGGACAUCGAGGGGAUCGACAUCUCGGCUGCCAGCGACUCUGGAUCCACGGCCACGACCCCCGGCAUCGAGCAAGCGCCGGUGACGUUCGCUCAGUUCCCGAUGUUCGAGCCGCCGAGCUCGCGGCCGCUCAGUCUGGCGACCAACGUUUCGGUCGAGCUGGGUGGUUACCAGGUCGCCCUGGAGGAGGUGCUCACGUGGCUGCUGGAGGCCGAGGACGUGCUCAGCCACGCGGCGGAGACUGCCUCGAGUCUCGAGCUCCUGAAGCGCCAGUUUCGCGAGCACGAGGCCUUCCUGGUCGAGCUGUCGGGCCACCAGGACGGCGUUGGGGCUGUCUUGGAGGAAGGCGAGCGGCUCCUGGCCGAUGGCCAGCUACAGAAGGACGAGGAGCACGAGGUGCGCGUCCAAAUGGGCCUGUUGAAUUCGCGCUGGGAGAACUUGCGCAAGCGCGCCCUCGACCGCCAGGCCAGGAUCCAUCAGACCCUCAUGGAGAUGCAGCAGACUCAGCUGGACGGGCUACGGCAGUGGCUGACCAAGACCGAGGACAGGAUAUCACGGCUGGCGAGUCUUGAGAACAGCUCGCCCCUGGGGGAGCAGCUCAAGCAGCUGCACGAGCUCGAGGGGGACAUCGAUAAUCAGCAGACCAUCGUUGAUGGCUUGAAAAACAUGGUCAUCGUCGUUGACGAAGAAAACUCGGAGACGGUGUAUGCUCAGAUGGAGGACCAGUUGUCAGCCCUCGGGGAGAGGUGGACCCACAUAUGCCAGUGGCAGCAGAAGCACCAGCAGAGCUUGCGGGCAUUGGCUGCGUUUCUGAAGGACGUGGAGGAUGAUUACGAGAGGCUCGUGUCUUGGCUGAACGAGGCCGAGAUGAGGCUGAAGCAGAUGGAGGCGGCGAUGGCCAGUGAGAUCGGCCAGGUGCUCGAGCGGAUCGGUAAACUUAAGUCGCUCAAGAAGGAGAUGAAUCUCGUACGGAAGAAGCUCGCCGCCUUGCAGAAGGCUAUUCAGGAUUUCGAAGGGUACGAAAUGAGUCCCGAGUGCAUGGGGAUGCUUCAAAAGUUGGAAAAUCUAGAGGACAGGUGCGAGGCUGUCGAGCAGAUCUUGCAAGUUCAGAGUCAGAGGAUAUCGAGUCAUGGAUUUGAAGUUGAUUUAUCAAAUACCGAUGUGGUUUCGAACCCUGCGGUCGAUUGGAUCAACGAAUCGAUUAUUGGAAAUGCCCAGAAGGAAGAAUUGGGGUCACCGUUGCACAGCAGUUCAAAGAAACGCAAAAUGGAUAGUCCAAUAAGAACAGACUUUAAUACGUCCUUGGAAAACUUGUACAGAUUUUUGGAUGUCUUUGAUCUAGAGAUAAGUCAAUUCGACCGUGGUUUUGAUAAGCUUACCUCGGACGAAAAGAAGAUUUCAUACAAUGAAAAUCUCGAGCAGAUGAAAUUGCAUCAGAGCGAUUAUGACACGACCAUGCAAUUGGGUAAGCGUUUGAUCGAAGAUAUGCAGAAAGCUAACGAAAACUGCGAUGAAGAGGAGGCUAAAAUUAAAAAUAUCGAGGAACUCUGGUCGUCGCUUAACAGCAGGCUCGAAGAGGUCAAGAGGAAAAUCGAUUUUUCGCUCAAGAUAAAGGAGUACAGAGUGGAGUUGACGAGUUUGCGAUUACUGUUGGACGGGCACACCAAGUGGUUAGACGCUAAUCGCGAAAACAGCCACGUUGAACUAUUCAGUGUAAAGGUAAAGUCGAUGAGGUCUUGUGAGGAUCGCAUUGAAAAAUUGACAGUUACCACGAAUGAACUCUCAAGUGAAGAGAAUACUGAGGAAGUAUCCUCUCUUAAAUCGGACGUGGACAAAUUAGUUACGGACUGGAAUAAUCUUUUGAAAAAAUUAUCAGAUCGGGCAAACGAAUUGAGUAACGCCGUUGAUAAGACACCGUCAAAGAAGUACACCGAAACUGUUGGUAACUUGUUAUCUUUCAUAAACAACAUCGAAGGUGUGUUGCUGUCGGAACACGCUGUAAUAUCAGACGAGACAACUAUGAACGGAAAAAUCAAAAGAUUCAGAGAACUGCAAAAUUCUUUAAAGUCUCAUCAGAGUAAUUUUGACUAUGUGAAUAAGGUGGGCCAGGAAUUAAUUUCGAAAACAAACGGAGACGUCCAGGGAGACAAAGUCAAGGAGGAGCUUCAAGAUCUAAACACUAAAUGGAGCGAUAUACCGAUCAUUUUGGAAGAACGGCUACAGAAGCUCUCAAAAGACAUCGAGUCCCUAAAGGCGUUCAAUAAAGAUCUCGCGAGUCUCGAGGAUUGGCUCGACAGAGCCACAGCGCGUUUGGAAGAAAUUUCCAAAGACUCGACCGUAAAGGACGUAGAGACAACAGAGUACAAGCUCCAGCAGAUCCGCGAACUUUCCGAGGACAUAAACAAGACAAAACCGAGGAUAGAGAAUUUACAGACGACCACGAAUACUCUGCUCGAGAAUUCGGAGCCGAAUUUCGCGAGCAUCCUAAACGAGAAGCUCGAGAAUGUGUCGUUCAAGUGGAAUGCCGUUGUCGACGAAACUAAGAUACAGGGCGACAAGUACGAGAACGCUUUGAGGAAAAAUGACGAGAUCAUAAACGGAAUCGAGGACUUUACCAAAUGGCUCGCGAAUCUCGAGACCGAGAUUCCGGUCGAGGGCAAGGUCACGUCGUCGGUGGAGCUAUUCCAAGCUCGCGGACGCUAUCAGACUCUUCAGGACAAGGUCGAUCGUCGAGUCGAGGAGUUCCGUAAUUUAAACGAACUCGGGAGCGACAAACUUUUAAGCUCCGAGGGCUCGUCUGUGCACGAACUUGGUCGGCGCUUCACUUACCUGAACGCUCGUUGGACCGACGUGACCGAUCGCAUCUACGAGCGCUACAAGCACUUCCAGAACGCCAGUCAUGAGUACGGGGAGUUCAGAGCUUUGGUGGCCCAGGAGAGCGACUGGCUGGACAAGCUCGAGAAGAGACUGCGCAAGUCGAGCAAAAAUGCCGCCGACGCCGAGGACAUUUCAGAGGAGCUUGACGACCUCGAGAAUUACAUAAGGAACCACCCGGACUCGCGGUUUGAAAAAUUGCAGGACAUUGGCAAACAGCUCAUCGACAAUGACAUUAUGACUCAGUCCAUCCGAUCGGACGUGGAUACGCUCAUCGAUCGCUGGCAGGAACUGAACAAGCAGGCUAGCGAGCGUGCCAAGCUGCUGGAGGGAUCGGUGAAGCAGGCCCAGCAGUCCGAGGGCCGGAUCCUCGCUCUUCAGCAUUCCUUAACGCAAGUAGACUCGGUACUAACCGCACGGCUUGACUGCGAUCUCACCGCCGACGAUUUGCCUCACGACUACCAGAAACUGCUCGAGGAGAUGGACAGCCAACAAUCGACCCUCGACGAAAUGACGGCGCAGGUGGAGGCGUACAAGGCCGCAGGCAAGCAGGAGGCGGCCCAACGGCUUCGGGAACAGAUGAGCUUGAUCCAACAAAAGUUCGACGAGGUGCAGGCCAAGUUCCAGCGCUUCCGCAGCCCGGCUAACAUCGAGCCUCGUCUGUCGCGGGCUCUGCGCGAGUUGCGAGGAAUCGAGGAGGCCACUUGCCUGCUCGAGCUGGCUACCGAAGAUCCGGAAGCCAUUGAACGACAGCUCAAGCACUGCUUGCGGUUCUAUCAAACUUUGAGCGAAAUCAAGGGAGAGAUCGAAAGUAUUAUCGUUGCUGGUCGAAAGUCAAUCGAGGAAUCAUAUGCUGACGAUCCCGACAAGUUUUCCAAGCGCAUCGAUACCCUCAAAGAAUUGUACAACAAGCUUGGCACUCAGAUAGCUCAGUCCAAAGCGAUGCUCGAGUCUGCGUUGGACAUGUCCCGUGACAUGCACCAACAGAUUUCUUACUUAAACAUGUCCAUUGAGAGCAUCAACAAGGAACUUGAUACCCAAAGACACAGACCGGACCUUCCAGUUAACGCAAUAUACGUUACCGAAACUCUAACGGAGGUGAUACCUCGAUUAAACACAAUUAAGGAUCAGCUCUUCCAGACGCAAGACGAUUUUUCAAAGCUCUGCGAUCCGGCUUACCUGGAGCAGCUUAAGGAAAAACUCAGCGAUAUCAUUGAUAGACUUGCUAAUACGGAAAAGCGAUUGCGGCUCUGCCAUGGAUCCGAGGAGGAACCAAACGUGGACGAAAUAAAUGCUUGGUUGUCGCUAGUUGAGAAUAAGUUGAACAAAUUAGAUAACGUGCCAGUGGAACAGCUCAACGAUAAACACUUUGAACAGUGCAAGUCUAUUCAGACAGAAAUAAUGGAAACCAAGCCUAAGAUAAUACAGCUGCAGCGCUAUUCUUACUACUCCAAAGUAGCCGAAGUGUGUAAGAGAUGGGAAGACAUUUCCAACAGAAUUCAGAUGGAAAAAGAAAAGUGUCAACAGCGCGCAACGAGCAGUGUCCAUCAAGAGCACAAUGUGUCAAGCGAGAGAAAAUCGCCCCUGAAAACUGGCCGAGUUUCAAGAGCCGCUCUGGAAAAAGAAAUCCGCGAGUUUGAGGAUCUGGCGCAGCAGAUGCUCAGCCGAAUGGAUAUCAUGCUGAUGACCGUCGGUGGAGUCACGAACGAGCGAGAUCCUGCCAAGCGUCUCGAGAUCCUAAAGGCCGAAAUAAGUUGUCUGGCACCGGACGCGGCAACGUUAAUCAGCCGCGGGGAUGGUUUGGUGCUGACAGUCCAUUCGAACGAUCCCAACCGAGCGGAGAGGAUCAAACACGAUCACCAGGACCGUUUGCGCGCCAAGUGGCACCAGGUGAUGCAGGAGUGCGAGACAAAGCGGGCUCAGGCUCUCAGGGCCGAGGACGCGCUACGGUCGUACGAGCGUCUGGUGUCCGAGCUGGAGGACUGGUUCCGUUUGGCGCCGCAGAAGCUGGAACAGGCGAACAACUACGAGGGUCAACUCGAGGCUUUUACCAUAGAGUUCGACGCCAGGCAGGAACAGGUGAAGAGACUGGGUCAGCUGCUACAGGAACUCAAGAGGUUGAACGUAGCGCACAACGAGACGGUGUACUAUGGCAUUAGCAACAGGUGGCAGGAGAUCAGUUCGCAGUUCAAGAGGUUCAGCGGCAGCAAGGACAAGGAAAAGCAACACACGGACAAGAAGGUCGAGCUGCCUAUCGGUGGCAUUACCGUCCAAGACUUUUUGGCGCGGGCCAACAAAUUGCGCGAGGCCAUCGCGACUCUGUCCAAGUCCCUAAACUCGACGCCACUGAACGGCAAGGACUUUGAGCUGUUCACGGAUCAGGACGAGUGUCUGAAGAAAAUCAGCAACGCUCUGAACAUGCUGAAACCGAGCGUCGAGGAGAUGAACUACCUGUGGGAGAACCUGGCCGAGAACGAGCAGGCCCGUCACCACAACGACAACCUCAAGAAAGAGUGGACGAUGGUGAACCAGUGCUACGUCGAGCGGUACAAUCGCUGGGCCAAGUGCAACGAGAAGCUCAACGAGCUGAGGAACGCGUGCUGGAACUUUGACGACACCCUGCUCAAGAUGGAGGUGACGGUCAAGGAGAUUACCGUCAAUCCGCAGAACAAGCUCAGCAAGGCCAGAAUGACGGAGCUGGAUCACGAGAUGCCCAGGAUGGUCAAGACCAUGAACGGGAUCGGUGCGACGAUCGCCGACAUCAAGAUUAGAUCGUCGCCCGGGGACAUCAGGGACUGGCAGCGUGUUAUUGACGAUCUCAAGACCAGGUGGCAGGGCUUUGUUACCGACUGGAACAUACUAAAGAGCAGGAUGACGGUGAUGGGCAAGCAGAGGGGACCCAAACAGAUACUUGACGGAGGCGCGAAUCUAGUGACGCAGGUGAACUCGCUCCUCGUCUCCACGGCCAAUCCGUCCGACGACACGUCCCUGUCGAUCCGACUGUCCAUGGUUAAGGCUCGAGAACAGGAGCUGGCCGAUCAGAUAAAGGAAGUGCAGACGCUCAAGAGCCAACAGCAUGCCGACGUCAGCGAGGACGAGUGCAACAAAUUAAUCGGUAGCCUGGAAAAGGCCCACGGAGGUAUCUCGGCGCACAAGGAGUACGUGGAGAGCAAGUUGACGUCGCUCAAGAAGUACGCGCAAAGUUUGGACGGCGUCAUGGCCUGGGUCGCGGAGACCCGUUCCAGGCUCAACCAGGCGCGCGAGCAACACCAGCGCGAGCUCAGGCUCAAGACCAUCGACGACGUCAUGGCGAGCGUCGAAGACCGGCAGAUGGAAGUGAAGGACGUGCUGGAGAACUACACGAAUCUGGAAAAAGAGUGCGAGUCCGCCAAGCAGACCGUCUCCAUCGAGCUUCAAGAAAAAUUGAAGAAACUGAGGGAUGACUGGAACCACUUGAAAAAUCGCAGCGACCUGGAUAACGAGUUGUCGUCACCUGUUUCUCAACUUCAACGCAAAGAAAAAGAACGAAAUGUAGGCGCUUCGGCGAGCAGCAGCGAGCCGUCCCAGUCAUCGACAGCCGGUCCAGCGGUGGCUGCUGGCUCUCCCGGCAAAAGUGCGGCUGGUACCGCUGCCACCAGCCCGGGAGCGAGUAGCGUCACUGGUGCCUCCCUUUCGGACGCCGCCACUGCGCCCCUGACGCCUCUCGACAGGCAACUGCUUCAGAUACGUGACUGGCUCACGGCUAAAGAAGACAUGAUACGCCAACAGGUUGUCGUGGUCGGCGAUGUCGACAACAUCCUCCAGCUCAUCGACAAACAAAAGGUCAAAGUUCUUUCUUUAGAAAGAAAAAAAAAAAAAAAAAAUGAGCUAAUGACUUGUCCGGAGAGGAUGCGAAGCGAUUUUUCGCGGAGUCAGUUACGCGCGGAGAUGACAAAGCUGCGCGAGCACUGGGACGAGACGAAUUCGAAGGUGAUGCAGCGUAAAACACAGCUGGACGCGAUGCUGGGCGACAGCCAGCGAUUCGAGGCCAAGCGCCAGGAGGUCGAGGUCUGGCUCUCGAGAAUGGAGACGAAGCUCGAGCGUAUGCGCUCAGUUGGACAUACGGCCGAUGUACUCGAGGCCCAGCUGCGAGAGCAAAAGUCAUUCCACGCCGAGCUGCACCAGUACAAGCACCAAAUCGAGCUUUUCAACUCGCUCACGCAAAAGCUCAUAGCGGUCUACCAGCAGGACGACACGACGCGCGUCAAGAAACUCACCGAGACGAUAAACCAGCGUUACAACAAUCUCAAUACCAGCAUCAUCAAUCGAGGCAAGCUGCUCAACUCGGCAAUGAACUCGCUGCACAACUUUGACCGUUCUCUGGACAAGUUCCUCGCCUGGCUGAGCGAGGUCGAGUCGUCGACGGAGACACUCGAGGUCGAGGCUGAUCGGCUAUGCGGACGCAGGGAUCAGCCUGCCAUCGCUCGGGCCCAGCUGCAGCUUAAGGACCUCCAGUCGGAAAUCGAGACGCAUCAUGAUGUUUACGCCUCGCUCAACGGCACCGGGCGCAAGCUUCUCAGCUCGCUUGCAAGCCAGGACGAUGCUGUCAUGCUCCAACGUCGGCUCGACGAGAUGAACCAGCGGUGGCACCAUCUCAAGGCGAAAAGCAUGGCCAUCAGGAAUCGGCUGGAGAGCAACACGGAGCACUGGAACGCGCUGCUGCUGUCGCUGCGCGAGCUCAUCGAGUGGGUGAUACGGAAGGACACCGAGCUCACGGGCUUGGGGCCCCUAUGCGGCGACAUUCCGGCUCUGCAGAAGCAGCAGGACGACCACCGCGCGUUCCGGCGCCAGCUCGAGGACAAGAAGCCGGUCGUCGAGAACAGCUUGCUGAGCGGCCGGCAGUACAUCGCCAACGAGCCACCCCUAUCGGACACGUCCGACUCCGAAGUCGGUCGCGACCUGGACGGCGACCUACGUUUCAGGAGCGCCGAGGAGCAGGCGCGCGAGCUCACGCGCAGCAUCCGCCGGGAGGUGAACAAACUAUCCGAGCAGUGGAACGCCCUGAUCGAACGCAGCGACACUUGGAAGCGGAAGCUCGAGGACACCGUAGCGAAGCUAUGCGUUUACCAAAAAUCCUUGGAGGAGCUGUCGUCGCGUCUCGCCGGCGCCGAGGCGAUCCAGGGCGGCUGGCAAUCGGCCAGCACCGGUCCCGAGGCCCAGGAGCAGCUCGACCAGCUGCAAAAGUUCGGCGAGCGCUUGGGCCCCAUACAGAGGCUCAUCGACGAGGCCAACGAGCAGGCGAGCGCCUUUGCCUCGAGCAACGUCAUCGUGUCCCACGCACUCCUCGCCAAGCUCGACGACCUCAAUGCCAGGUGGAAGGCGCUGCAAGUGGCGGUAGACGAGCGGUACAAGCAGCUGAGCGGUUUGGGCAAGAAUGGCAGCACCCCGGGCAGCCAGGCUUUCCUCGCGAGCAGCGUCGAGGCACCGUGGGAGAGAGCCCUCACGCCCGCCAAAGUGCCUUACUACAUCAACCACCAAUUGGAGACGACGCAUUGGGACCAUCCGAAGAUGAUCGAGCUCAUGUCCUCGCUGGCCGAUCUCAACGAGGUUCGGUUCUCCGCGUACAGGACGGCCAUGAAGCUCAGAACGGUGCAGAAGCGACUUGGCCUGGACGUGCUGGGUCUUUCGACGGCGCUCGAGCAAUUCGAUACGCACGGGCUGCGCGCGCAAAACGACAAACUCAUCGACAUACCCGACAUGGUGACGGUACUCACCUCGAUUUACGAGCACAUAGCCACGGAAAAUUCGAACCAGGUUUCGGUGCCUCUGUGCGUCGAUCUCGCGAUCAAUUGGCUGCUCAACGUUUACGACAGCCAACGAACUGGUCAAAUCCGUGUUUUGUCCUUCAAAGUGGGACUGGUGUUGUUGUGUAAGGGUCACCUGGAAGAAAAGUACAGAUAUCUGUUUCGACUGAUCGCCGAUCCGAACCGAUUGGUGGACCAGCGCAAGCUGGGCCUUCUGUUGCACGAUUGCAUCCAGGUCCCGCGUCAGCUCGGCGAGGUGGCCGCGUUCGGUGGUUCGAACAUCGAGCCGUCGGUGAGAAGUUGUUUCGAAAAAGCCGGCAAAGACAAGAAUGAGAUCGAAGCCGUGCACUUUCUCAGUUGGCUGCAACAGGAGCCCCAGAGUAUGGUCUGGCUGCCCGUGCUGCACAGAUUAUCCGCGGCUGAAAGCGCCAAGCACCAAGCCAAGUGCAACAUAUGCAAGGAGUACCCGAUCGUGGGGUUCAGGUAUCGGUGUCUCAAGUGCUUCAACUUCGACAUGUGCCAGAACUGCUUCUUCUCCGGCAAAAAGGCCAAGAAUCACAAGCUGACGCAUCCCAUGCAGGAGUACUGCACGGCGACAACAUCGGGCGAGGACGUGCGCGACUUUACGCGCGCCCUGCGCAACAAAUUCAAAUCGAAGCGCUACUUCAAGAAACACCCCCGGGUGGGCUACCUGCCCGUUCAAACGGUCCUCGAGGGUGACGCGCUCGAGAGUCCAGCUCCUUCGCCCCAACACAGCUCGCUCAGCCAAGACAUGCACUCGCAGCUCGAGAUCUACGCCUCGCGGCUCGCGGAAGUCGAGCUGUCGCGCACACGCAGCAAUUCGACACCGGACAGCGACGACGAGCAUCAGCUCAUCGCCCAUUACUGCCAGAGUCUCAACGGCGGCGACGGCAUCAACGUACCGCGUAGUCCUGUUCAGGUGAUGGCGGCGAUAGACGCUGAGCAGCGCGAAGAGCUGGAGGCGAUGAUACGCGAACUCGAGGAGGAAAACGCGACGCUACAGGCCGAGUACGAAAGGCUACGCUCGAAACAGACGCCAGGCUCGACGCCAGAAGACGGUGUUCACGGAGUCCGGCAGCCGGACUGUGAUAUGAUAGCCGAAGCAAAGCUGCUGCGCCAGCACAAGGGUAGACUCGAGGCUCGCAUGCAGAUACUCGAGGACCAUAACCGACAGCUCGAGGCUCAGCUGCAGAGACUCAGACAGUUGCUCGAUGAGCCGAAUGCUGCGUCACCGUCUAAGACUGGAACAUUGCAGACGCGAAGCGUGACUGCGUCCCAAUUGGCGACCGAUUCUCCUGCAAAAAUGAAUGGCCACUACCACGAUUCCCCAGGUGGUGGCGCGGGCGAGGACCGUGUAAGCAGCUUAGAGAGACCACCGCCGCCUCCUCAUUCUCACAGCGUUAAUCAUAAUGUGGGCAACCUCUUACACAUGGCAGAGGAUUUGAGCAAAGCAGUUGGGGAUUUAGUAACAGUAAUGACUGAGGACAGCAGUAACAGGUCAGACUCGAAUGGCCAGUCGCAGCAGCAGUCAAAGCACCAACGAGCCCCGCCACCGGCAUUCAAGCAGUGAAAUGUGUCGAAUACGCAAAAAAUAAUUUUAACGACAUUUAUACAUAUAUAAAUAUACAUGUAUUAAGGCAAGAAUAUACCACAAAACGAUGUAGUAGCAGCAACAACAACAACAACAACAGAGCAUAACAUACUUACACACUUACACACACUUA